CAAAUCCCAGCCGUUGAAAUUAGGGUUCUUGGGCGUGUGGUCUGGUGAAAACCGCCCAGGAAUGCUCACCCGGGCUAUCGAUCGAUCCGAUCGGGAUGGAGUACAAUGUAGUGCUGCUGGUGAUCGUGGUGCUCCUCACUCUGCUCGUCUUCGCGAUCAAUAUCUACAUUCUCAUCAGGUACCAGCAUCCGGAUGACUCGAAUCAGGCAUAUCUUCCCAAGAUCAUCGUCGUGAUUGGGCUUAGCAUUGCUCAACUCUCGAUCCUGAUGCUCCCGGCGGACGUCGCGAAUCGCCAUUCCUGCGAGAAGAAUCUCUACGUCGGGGCGUGUAAGCUCACUCUCCCGAUGAAGCAGCUAUGGUGGGCGGUUUACAUCAUCGACACUGUGCUUGUCUAUCUCGUCAUUCCCUUCGCGAUCUUCUUCUACGAGGGCGAUCAGGAGAAGACUGUGACACAAAGGAUAAAGAACGCUCUCUUGUGGGUGGUGAUACUCCUCACUGUCUUUUGCCUCCUCCUUGGAAUUCUCUAUGCUGUGAUCGGCUAUGCCGAUUUCACCGUGAGACGUCUUUCAUCCACGACGUUGGCGUUCACCAAUGAUUUUAGCUCGCUCAAUGCAAAGGCUCCGUGCUUGUUUCCGGCUGGUUUCUCAUUGUCUUCGAAUGUUACUCUCAUGUGUGCAGCUUAUACGUCUGGAUCUCUGGUUAAAACUACGUGGUCUGUGCGUGCGCCCUUCCCGACUUACGUGAUCGCGUUAAAUACAAUAAUAGGAUCAAUACUCUUCACGAUGUUUGGCGGUGUUGGAAUGGCAACAUUACCACUGAGCCUCAUAUUUGCUUUCAAAAACAGGCCCAAGUGUGUUAUUACUCGUGCUCAAUACGUAAAGGAGGCGACUGAUCUAGCCAAGCGCUCUAACGAGCUAAAAGCGGCGACUUUGGGCCUCCAACGCGAAGAGAGAGGUGGGAAGAAAGGACGGAAGUUUCGAAAAAAUGUGAAGAAAGUCCAGCAGGAGCUUGUCUUUUUGGAAGAUGAUGUUGAAGCUCUGAACGAGGCAUUCCCACAGGGAGAGAAGGCAGACACAUCCUGGGCUCUUACGGUUCUCUUCUACCUAGCCAAGCUUGUUUUUGGCAUUGUCGGUUUGGCUUUGUCUAUAAUUUGGCUUCUCCACAUCAUUGUUUUCAUGCUUGUCAAUCCUCCAGCUUUUCCGUUUCUGAACCAAGUCUUUAUUCAGCUUGACAGUGCCUGGGGCUUGCUAGGAACUACCGCGUUUGCAAUUUUUUGCUACUACCUCGUCAUGUCUGUCAUAUCUGGAGAGAUGCAUCUGGGAAUGAGGCUUCUUUUUCUUUCCAUUCAUCCAAUGAAGUACCAAGGCACGCUCAUGAACUCGUUUCUUUUCAACGUGGCCAUUAUCCUUCUAUGUUCAACAAGCGUGAUUCAAUUCUGCACGAAAGCCUUUUCAUUGUACGCCGAAGCUACUGCCGCUCAGGAAAUAUUUGGCCACUCGCUUGAGUCAUUGAGAGGUUUGAAGUAUCUCUUCAUAUUCAACGUUUUCCAAAUAGCAUUCAUCGUGUUUGCGUUUUUGAGCUUCCUUUGCUACUGGACAUGCGGUAAAAAGCGACAAAGGAAGACAAAGUUUACUAUCGAACGGGACAAGAAGGAAAAAGAGAAGAGGGACAAGAAGAAGAAGAAAAAGAAGGAAGAAGUGUGAGAACUACACACACGAGGUAACAAAACACAUUCUUUACAACUCGCUGGGGUAAUAACGUGAACAACACAGGGAAAAUAGAAGCUUUCGGGAUGAGCACAAAUGGAUGCAAUCCAUUGAGGGCUUUUGGGAUGAGUAUAGAAGUUACUCAAAAGGCAAAGUUGGAAGGUUUACACGUUUCAACUGUGGCAUCUGGCAGCGCGUAUAUAAGCCGAGGCAGGCACUGCAAGGCAAGGUAUCUAGAUCUCUUUCGUUU